GUAGCAGAAAAAAAAACCAACAAUGUUCUAGUUGAGCCACAACCGUGUUUCACAACCGUGCUUAAAAUGGAUAUUUUUGUAGCGCAGGCAGGGCCUAAAACAGCCUUGCAAAAUUUCUGCUCGCCCACGCGCCUGGCGUGAGUAAUUUUCUUUUGAUGGGAUACCGUUCAAGAUCGGGCAGCCCAAGAAACAGAUUGUACCCAAGACAUGUUGGCUUUGGGCUCGCUUCAUCGCCUCGUAACCGUGGUGUGGAUUCGGAAACUGCCCCGAGAGCGGAGGGAGGUUAUCGCGGGUGUCUGCAAACCAAAAAUAAGUGGGUGGAGAGAGACUUUGAAAGGGAAUAUGGGAAGCUGCAGCAAUUGGAAGAUCAGACCAAAAAACUUCAGAAGGAUAUGAAGAAAAGCACAGAUGCAGACUUGGCCAUGUCCAAAUCGGCCGUGAAAAUCUCUUCGGACCUGCUCUCCAACCCCCUGUGCGAGCAGGAGCCCGGCUUCCUGGAGAUGGUCACGGCCUUCGACACGGCGAUGAAGAGGAUGGACGCCUUCAACCAGGAGAAGGUGAAUCAGAUCCAGAAAACAGUCAUAGAGCCUUUGAAAAAGUUCAGCAGCGUUUUCCCCAGCCUGAACAUGGCAGUGAAGCGCCGCGAGCAAGCCCUGCAGGACUACAAACGCCUGCAGUCCAAGGUGGAGAAGUACGAGGAGAAGGAGAGAACCGGCCCCGUCCUCGCCAAGCUGCACCAGGCCCGCGAGGAGCUGCGGCCGGUGAAGGAGGACUUCGAGGCCAAAAACAAGCAGCUCCUGGAGGAGAUGCCCAAAUUUUACAGCAGCCGCAUCGAUUACUUCAAGCCUAGCUUCGAGUCCCUGGUCCGGGCGCAGGUUGUCUACUACACGGAGAUGCACAAAAUUUUUGGGGACCUCUCGGCGCAGAUUGACCAGCCCGGGCUGAGCGACGAGCAGAGGGAGCGGGAGAACGAAGCCAAGCUGAGCGAGCUGCGGGCGCUCUCCAUCGUGGCCGACGACUGAGGGAUGGGGAGGGCGGGGGGGGGACCCGUAACGGGGCUGGGGAUGGAGCCCCCCAGCUCCUGAGCCCCCUCCCUGCCUUGUCCCGGGGUGCAGGGAUGGAUGGUGGAGGGUUUAAAGCUCUGCCAGGGGGGCUCCUGCAAGAGCACGGCCUCCCCCAGCUGCUACGAGGCUGCGGGAUGGGGUGGCCGUGGGCAUCCUGAUCCCAUUUCUGCCCUCCUAAUUUUUGGGAGCCCGGUUUCUCGUUAAAUAGGUGGUUGUGGGGCAGCUCAGGUGGAAAAAGGAGCAGGCUGCGCCCUCCUGCCCUGACCCAGCACCCUGCUGGCUCCCCGUGCCAGGAUCCAGCCCAGGCUCCUUGCCUGUAGGGUGCUGGUUUGGUGCCUUAAGAGGAGCCCGGUGCCCCCGGGGGGAGGGCAGAAGCGUUCAGAUUCCCAUGGGAUGCAUUUUUGGGGAGCUGAGCAUUCGAGGAGGAGGGUGAGGGGUUCCCUGCUGAAUGCAGCCCGUUCCCUGCAGGAGCCGUGCAAAGUGCCUCGGUGGAGCCCUCACCCGACCAAACACUGUUAAAGGAAAGAGAUUGUGGACGGGAGAGAUUAAAUCCGAGAGAGAUUAAAUCCAGA